AGUUACAGUAUCAGCAAAGUACAGGUAUAGCGGACCUAACCUUCUAUGUCAAGUCAUGGCCCAGAGCUAUUCUGCUUUUGAAACGUUCAAAAUCCAGAUUCUCCAUAGAUGCUAAUCUAGACCUUAUAGCCUUACAUUCCUUAUAAAUCCUCCCGAAACCCAGUGAGAAGGAUCAUAUGCCCACAACUCCAUUCAGAUUCCUUGUUUCAGUCCUCGUGGCUCUUCUCGCCCUCGCUUUGCUAAAAUCACCAGAAAUUUACUGGAAGCUCUCAAUGGAUCCGGUCAUUGUGGUCGGCGGGGGACUCAGCGGAUUGAGCGCUGCGCACUCUGUAUUGGAACAUGGAGGGAAGGUUGUGCUACUCGAUAAGAAGCCAGCUUUAGGUGGGAAUUCUGUCAAAGCAAGUUCUGGGAUAAAUGGUGCUGGAACGGAGAGCCAGACGCGUUUGAACAUCAGCGAUUCUCCGCAGAACUUCUACGAUGAUACACUCAAAUCCGCAGGUUCUGAACACGCCCGACCUAACCUGAUUACUGCUCUUACUUCCAAUUCUGCUCCUGCGAUCGAGUGGUUAAUCAACAAUUUUGGUGUUGAUCUCUCACUCGUAUCAAUGCUGGGAGGUCAUUCCACUCCGCGGACUCACCGAGGGACAGGCGGUGCUCCAGGUUGGGCAAUAACCUCUGCGUUGAUGAAAAGGCUAGCAGCGGAAGAGGCGAAAUCCGAGAAGAGAGCAAAUAUUCUGAAGAGUGCGAAAGUAGUGAAGCUUUUGCAGACCGGAGACAAGGUUACGGGGGUAGAAUAUGAAGACGGGCAAGGCCAGAAAGUAAAGCUUGCGGGCUCAGUCGUGAUAGCUACUGGUGGUUUUGGAGCUGACUUUUCACCUGCCGGUCUGAUCGCUACGCAUCGUGCGGACCUCAUGCAACUGCCAACUGUGAAUGGAGAUCAUGCAACUGGUGACGGUCAUGUUCUUGUUACAUCGCUUCCUUCUCGUUCGGGAGUUCUCAUUGACAUGAACCAAGUACAAGUUCACCCAACAGGAUUCAUUGAUCCUGCUCAGCCUGAUGCAAAGACCAAAUUUUUGGCUGCUGAAGCUCUACGGGGCGUGGGAGGUCUCCUCCUGAAGAACGAUGGAUCUCGAUUUGUCGACGAGAUGGAGAAGCGGGACUUGGUUACAGCCAAAAUGUGGGAAGUUAUUCAGAAUGGGCAAGGACCGGUCAGGCUCGUCCUGGGUGUACAAGCCGCUACGGAACUCAAAUCACAUUGUGACUUCUAUCUGUCUAAAGGGUUGAUGAAGAAGUUCGCCAAUCUUCAGGAACUAGCCGAGAGUAUGGAAGUCUCAUUAACAGACCUGCAUGCUACAUUCACCUCUCACAAAUCGUACGCUUCGGGACAGGAAAAGGAUCCGUUCGGUAAAACCCACUUCCAUAACUCUGAUAUCAAUAUCGAGGAACCGUUCCUUGUUGCACUCAUCACUCCUGUCGUCCAUUAUACAAUGGGCGGUGUUCUGGUUGACGAACAAGCUCAUGUUUUGGAUGCUUCGGGCAAGCCUAUCCCCGGACUGUAUGCAUCGGGAGAGGUCAUCGGUGGCGUGCAUGGAAAGAACCGACUUGGAGGGUCUUCCCUAUUGGAAGCCGUGGUGUUUGGAAGGAUCGCAGGAGAGAUGGCCGCGAGGUCUCAGUAAAUAAUUAAUCGAUGCAUGUAUGUACUGUACAGGAAUUAUGAAAUGAAUGAAGCUUGUGGAAACUACAA